AGGUUCUGGCUGAGUACUUACUCACUGAGCCCAACAAGGAACUCACAGUAAAGACAAUGAAGCUGAUCCUGGCCCUGUGUGCCCUGGUGGCACUUUCAGAAUGCUUCAAGGUGCAACUGAUCAAGGGCAAGUCUGCUCGUGAGAGGCUGAGGGAGAAAGGACUGUGGGAGAAGUACAGGUUGAUGCACCCCUACAACCCCCUCGUCAAGUUCUCUGGGAAUGGUGGUACUGAGUCCAUGACCAACGAUGCUGAUCUCUCCUACUACGGCGUGAUCUCCAUUGGAACCCCUGGUCAGUCCUUCCAGGUCAUUUUCGACAGUGGCUCCUCCAACCUCUGGGUGCCCUCCACCUACUGCUCCAGCCAGGCCUGCGAGAACCACAACAGGUUCAACCCCUCAGCUUCCAGCACUUUCCAGAGCACCAGCCAGGCUCUCUCUAUUCAGUACGGCACCGGCAGCAUGACUGGAUACCUGGGAUACGACACUGUUUCGGUCGGUGGAAUCAACGUGCAGAACCAGAUCUUCGGGCUGAGCGAGACUGAGGCUCCCUUCAUGGCCAACAUGGUGGCUGACGGCAUCCUGGGUCUGGCCUACCAGUCCAUUGCCUCUGAUGACGCCACUCCCGUCUUUGACAACAUGAUGAGCCAGGGCCUGGUCUCCCAGGAUGUGUUCUCAGUCUACCUGAGCAGAGGUGGCUCAGAGGGCAGUGUGGUGCAGUUCGGUGAGAUCGACAGCUCCUACUACACCGGCAGCAUCUACUGGAUCCCUCUGUCCUCCGAGACUUACUACCAGAUCACCAUGGACAGUGUUACCAUCAACGGACAGACCGUUGCUUGCUCUGGUGGAUGUCAGGCUAUCAUUGAUACUGGAACUUCCCUCAUUGUUGGGCCAACCAGUGACAUCAACAACAUGAACUCCUGGGUGGGCGCCACCACUGACCAGUAUGGAGAUGCCACUGUGAGCUGCAGCAACGUCGCCAGCAUGCCUUCAGUCACUUUCACCCUCAACGGCUACACCUUCACCAUCCCCGCCUCCUCCUACGUCAGCCAGGACUCUUACGGCUGCAGGACAGGCUUCAGUGGCAGCGGAGACUCUCUCUGGAUCCUGGGUGAUGUGUUCAUCAGGAACUACUACACCAUCUUCAACAGGCAGAGCAACAGCGUGGGUCUGGCUGCUCUCGCAUCGCAGGGUCUCUGGAUUCGUACUCUUAUUUCGAGUCGGAGACAAGUUUCAGUAAAGACAAUGAAGCUGCUUGUGGUGCUUUGUGCUGUGGUGGCCCUCGCCCAGUGUGUGAGGGUGCCUCUGAUCAAGGCCAAAUCUGCACGCCGGAGGCUGCAGGAGAAAGGCCUGUGGGAGACCUACAGGAAGCAUCACCCCUACACCCCCUGGACCAAGUUUGUGAGCUCUGGUAUGGAGUCAAUGACCAACGAUGCUGAUCUCACCUACUAUGGCGUGAUCUCCAUUGGUACUCCUGGUCAGUCCUUCACCGUGCUCAUGGACUCUGGAUCCUCCAACCUCUGGGUGCCCUCCACCUACUGCUCCAGCCAGGCCUGCCAGAACCAUGACAUGUUCAACCCAUCACAGUCCAGCACUUUUGAGAGCACCAAUGAGUCUCUGUCCAUUGCUUACGGCACUGGAAGCAUGACCGGAUUCCUGGGAUACGACACUGUGACGGUCGCUGGACUGUCCGUGCAGAACCAGAUCUUCGGCUUGAGCGAGACUGAGGCUCCCUUCAUGGCUAGCAUGACUCCUGAUGGUAUCAUGGGUCUGGCCUACGAGGCCAUCUCCUCUGACAGCGCCACCCCUGUCUUUACCAACAUGGUGAGCCAGGGCCUGGUCUCCCAGAACCUCUUCUCAGUCUACCUGAGCAGCGAUGACGAGCAGGGCAGCAUGCUGUUCCUGGGUGAGGCUGACAGCUCCUACUACACCGGCAGCAUCUACUGGAUCCCUCUGACCUCUGAGAGCUACUACCAAGUCACCUUGGACAGUGUCACCGUGAACGGAGAGGUGGUUGGCUGCUCUGGUGGUUGCCAGGCUAUCAUUGAUACCGGCACUUCCCUCAUUGUUGGACCCAGCACUGCCAUCAGCAACCUGAACGCUUACCUGGGAGCUCAGCAAGACCAGUACGGAGAUUACGUUGUGAGCUGCAGCGACAUCUCCAGCAUCCCCUCAGUGACCUUCACCCUCAACGGCUACGCCUUCGCCAUCCCCGCCUCCUCCUUCGUCACUCAGGGCUACAGCAGCUGCACAACUGGAUUCUCCGGCGGCGACUUCGGAAGCAGCUUCUCCUGGAUCCUUGGUGACGUCUUCAUCAGGAACUGGUACACCAUCUUUAACAAGGGCGACAGCACCGUGGGUCUGGCUCAGCUCUCUUAAGCACAAACAGCAACUUAAACAUCAGCCUCACUGCGUCACUGUGCUUUUAUUCAACCAAAUAAAUUAAUUAGCAUUACAGUUUA